AUCCAUGUCAUUGUGAGUGUAGCUGCAACUACUAGCUUCUAUGAGAGAUAUGAUGUCGCUCUGGCAUCAAAUACCUUAGGAGUUGCCCACGUGUGCGAUUUAGCAAAGAAGUGUGCUAAUCUUAAAAUGCUCCUUCAUGUUUCCACUGCUUUCGUAGCCGGGGAGCAAGAAGGCCUGUUAUUGGAGAAGCCGUUUGAUGUAGGCAAAGCACUAAAGAAAGACUAUAACUUGGACAUCCAAUCUGAGAUAAAAUUAGUUGAGAGUGUCAAGUCAAAACUCAGGAUACAAUUCUCUAAUGACAAGAUAGAGAAAAGGAAAAUGAAGGAACUUGGAUUGAAAAGGGCUAGGCACUUUGGUUGGCCUAACGUGUAUUCACUCACAAAGGCCAUGGGGGAGAUGUUGCUAGGAACCUUAGGACGAGACCUUCCAGCUGUCAUAGUACGGCCAAGCAUCAUAUCUAGCACUUUCCAAGAACCAAUGCCUGGUUGGACGGAGGGAACUAGGACAAUGGAUAUGUUGUAUGUUGCUUACAAUGACCAGAAACUUCCGUGUUUUAUCGCUGAUCGUACUGUCAUUGUCGAUGUGAUACCAGGAGACAUGGUAAUUAAUGCACUGAUGGUCGCCAUGGCCAUUCAUUGGGACACACAUGGAACACAGGCAAUUUACCAUGUAACCACAGGCCAUCGGAACCCAUUGCUUUUUUCCACUUUUCUGGAAUCAGGCUAUGAGUAUUUCCGCUCUAAUCCUCGUGUAACCAAGGACGGGAGGAUUGUCAAGGAUAGAAGGGUGAAAUUUUUCAAGACAUAUACAUUUUUUCGUUUAUACAUGAUCCUGCGGUAUAACCUAGCAUUAGAGACGUUGCAUGUGAUGAGUGUAUUUGGGCAUUCAUUGUCCCAGCAUUACAAUAAGCUCAAACGUGGCUACAAUUUCCUGAUACUUGUCGCCAAGUUGUACGCCCCAUAUGCGUUCUUCAAAGGGUG